CAUUCAACAUGCUCAGAUUUCUGCUCCUUGCUUUCCUGGCCACGUUCAGCAUUUGCUGGCAUCGCCAGAAGCCCCUUGAAUGGUUUCCAUGGUCGCAUCAUUGGCGGGGGAUUCGCGGAACAAGGAAAAUACCCAAGCCAAUUGUCUCUGCAAUAUUUUGAAUCGCACACAUGCGGGGCUUCGAUCAUCAGCGAAACGUUUGUCCUCACAGCAUCGCAUUGUGUUGACGGCCGCUCACCCUCCGAUUUGAGCGUCAGGUCGGGCAGCGUGAACGUGAAUGACGGAACCCGGCACCAGGUCACCAAUAUCAUUAUGCACGAGAGCUAUGACGCUCUAGACUCAUGGAAUAAUGAUAUCGCCAUUCUUGAGGUCGCGACCCCCUUUGUCUAUGGACCCAAUGAGCAGCCCAUCACCCUUCCCAAUCAGGGCGACGAACCUGCCGUCGGUUCUGCGGCCACGGUUAUUGGAUGGGGGCGAAUUGCGAAUGGUGGAUCUUUGAGCACCGCGUUGAAGGAGGUUGUGAUUGAAAUCAGAGACCAAACGCUCUGCCAGUCUGUCUACAAUGGCAUUGGUUAUGACGUCUACCCUGGACAAAUUUGCGCUGACGUUCCAGAAGGAAACUUGGGAUCUUGCAAUGGUGACAGCGGCGGGCCUCUGCUUGUGGAUGGAGUGGUGGUGGGAUUGGUCUCUUGGGCCAGCGGUUGCGCUACCCCGGGUUAUCCCACAGUGUACAACAGAGUUGCCUAUUAUCGCGACUGGAUCAACCAACAGACUGGAGUUUAAUUAAACGAUGCCGAAUUAAAGUUGUGAAGUAAAGAAUUUAUGUUAUUUUUAUUUCCCUAUAU